UCUUUUGCUGUUACAAAUGAUAAUGUUUAUCUUCUUUGUUUUUCUAGUUUGCCUGUUUAUCCUUGGGCUGAAUCCUUCACCAAGAGCAUGCUGGGCCAUAUGCUGCAUGAACCUGUCACUUUGCUAGCUUAGACUGUUUUAGGAUGAAGCCUUUGCUAUGGCUAAUGACCCCUUGGAAGGCUUCCAUGAAGUGAACCUUGCUUCACCUACUUCUCCGGACCUUCUUGGUGUGUGUGACCCAGGAACCCAAGAGCAGACGACCUCCCCAAGUGUUAUCUACCGGCCACAUCCUUCAUCUUUGUGCUCUACUCCUCUCCAGGCUAAUGCCUUAGAUCUUUCUGAUCUUCCCACACAACCUGUGUACUCAUCCCCUAGGCGUUUAAACUGUGCGGAGAUACCUAACAUCAGCAUUCAUGUUCCGGACCCAGCAUCAGCUGUUACCUCUGGAGUGGCAGUGGGACUCACGAAGCUAACAUCAAGGAAGGACAUCGGCAAUGCAGAGAGGGAGUUUUUGCAGGGUGCUACCGUUACAGAGGCUCCUGCUGGCAGUGAUGACAUCUUUGGGUUGAGUACGGAUAGCCUGUCACGUUUACGGAGCCCAUCUGUUCUGGAAGUUAGAGAAAAGGGCUACGAAAGGUUGAAAGAAGAACUUGCAAAAGCUCAGAGGGAAUUGAAGUUAAAAGAUGAAGAAUGUGAGAGACUCUCGAAAGUGCGAGAUCAACUUGGGCAGGAGCUGGAAGAACUCACAGCUAGUUUAUUUGAGGAAGCUCACAAGAUGGUGAGAGAAGCAAAUGUCAAGCAGGCCACGGCGGAAAAGCAGCUGAAGGAGGCUCAAGGGAAAAUUGACGUACUUCAGGCUGAAGUGGCCGCAUUGAAGACACUCGUGUUGUCCAGCUCUCCAACAUCACCGACACAGGAGCCUCUGGCAGCUGGAAAGACACCUUUUAAAAGGGGGCAUACAAGGAAUAAAAGUACCAGCAGUGCCAUUUGUGGCAGCCACCAGGACCUCAAUGUGAUACAGCCACUUGUAAAAGACUGCAAAGAGGCCGAUUUAUCUCUGUAUAAUGAAUUCAGAUCUUGGAAGGAUGAGCCUACAAUGGAUAGAACAUGUCCUUUCUUAGACAAAAUCUAUCAGGAAGAUAUCUUUCCAUGUUUAACAUUCGCAAAAAGUGAGUUGGCUUCAGCUGUUCUGGAGGCCGUGGAGAACAACACUCUAAGCAUCGAGCCGGUGGGGCUACAGCCCAUUCGAUUCGUGAAAGCUUCGGCUGUAGAAUGUGGAGGACCAAAAAAAUGUGCUCUCACUGGCCAGAGUAAGUCCUGUAAGCACAGAAUUAAACUAGGGGACUCAAGCAACUAUUACUAUAUUUCUCCCUUUUGCAGAUACAGGAUCACUUCUGUAUGUAACUUUUUUACAUACAUCCGAUAUAUUCAGCAGGGACUUGUGAAACAACAGGAUGUUGAUCAGAUGUUUUGGGAAAUUAUGCAGUUGAGAAAGGAGAUGUCAUUGGCAAAACUUGGAUAUUUCAAAGAGGAACUCUGACACCCUGCGUGGGGCCAUGUGUGCUCCUCCCUGAACAACUGAAGAGUGGCUGAACAUUUUUAUGGUUAAUAUUUAUUUCCGAGGAGAGGGCCCAAGACUUCUGUCCUCUUACACAUUACACUAAGAAGUGCUGCGAUUUCCUUUAAAGCAACUGAGAUGUGUUUGCCUGUCCCUGAAUGGAGCACACUCCGAAGAGCUGCAGGUGUGCCAGUGAUGGGGAUUCAGCCCUGCAGAGCAAAACCACCAAAUAAACAUCAGACUGAGUGUGUGUCUCUUCCUUAGCUCUGACAUGGCAUAUAGCAUUGCAGAAGGCAGUAGUAGUUUUCACACUGUACCCCUAUGGGAAACAAGGAAGGAGCUGUGUGAACAGGACUCAGUGGACACCCGGGUAUAUGUUGACAUUCAAACACAAGGUUCUAUUUACAGAAAGAUUGUUUUGUUUUGUUUUCCACCUGUGAGGUUUUUCUUUUAUUAAAUUUUUUUCCAGCCUGAUCACAGUUUGCCCUCCCUCCUGUCCUCCCAGUUCCUUCCCCUACCUCCCGUCCCCAGUCUGUUCCUCCUCCUCCUCUGCAGAAAGGUUUUUACUGGGCUUUGGAAGUUACUGUUACUCUUCUUGCAGUAACCUAGUGAAUCCCUUUAUUGUAGUGAUAGUCAUGUAGAAAAAGAAGAGCCAUGAGAUCUUACUCUAGAGCAUUCUUGAUCGUCCUGAUGUAGGGUUUAUGUUAGGCAUUGAGCACUAUCAUGGAAUUGAAGGAGGAUUAAAUAAAUAAACAACAUCAUGGUCUAAAAGAAUGGUACCUACUAGUUCUGAGGUAUCGUGCAACCACUUGAUCUCUUAAGUUUUAAGUAAAGCUGACACGAGGAAACUACUAACAAUUUCUACAAGUAAAAGGUUUGUGGUGGAGACAAAGUAUAGGAAUGCAAAGGAAUUUAUUGUCUUCAGUGAGAACAGACUGGUCAUAGCUUUGGAGAAUAGCCUUGGACAUUCAGGUAUUUCCUACUUCCUUGCUAUAUUGAGUGUAUGUGUGGGACUGUUUGCCUGCAUGUGUGUAUGUGCAUCACACUUGUGCCUGGUGCACACAGAGGCCAGAAGAGGGAGUCAGACCUGGAACCAAAGUUGCAGACAGUUGUGAGCUGCCAGGUAGACACUUGGAACUGAACUCAGUUCUCUGCAAGACCCUUGAGCCAUCCUUCUUGCUUUAAAAAUAAGUGCAUUCUCCCUGUGAGUAAACCUUCACAUCUUAAAAAGUUUUUUACAGUUUAUGUAUUUAUGUGGGGGCCUGUCAGUGCAUGUGGAGGUCAGAUGGCAGCUUUUGGGAGUCUGUUCUCUGCUUCCCCUGUGUGGGUUCCAGUGAUCAAACAAACUCAGGACAUCAAGCUUGGUGGCAACACCUUUACCCGGUGAGCUGUCUCUCUGGUGUAGAUCUCCACACCCUAAUCACUGAAUGUUAAUUGUAAUUAAACAGUUUAAUUGUUUCUAGA